AAAUUUAGAUUUAGAUUAAAUAAAUGUUAAAUUGCUAAAACGGACAUUAUGAUUACCGACAUAAGGAUUGGCUGAGGAUAAUGACAUCACACCCCCCAUAACUCUCUCUCUCUCUCUCGCUCUCUCUCUCUCUCUCUCUCUCUCUCGCUCUCAAUGAACGCAACGCUUUCUGAUGCGGGAGAAACCACGCCAUAAAAGAUUUUUUCUUUUUUCUUUUUUUUUUUUUGCGGUAAAAUCGACGAGUAAUUAAGAAGUGAUUGCUUAUUGUUGAAUUCGUUUGUGUUUUUAUUAUAGAUCCCCAUGGCAAAGCUGGUUGAUAUCUACCCCCAUAAAGAGAAACCAUAAGCGGAGGAGAGGAGAGUAAACUCUGAUUCUCCGGUACACAGAGUCGGAGGAAGGACUACUGACGAAUUUGGUGCGACAGCUGCUGGAAAACUUGGGAAAGGAUAGAAGAAAGAAAAGGGAGGAAAAAAGGAGCGGGUUCUCAGGUUGGCAAUUGAUGGUGCUUCGCCAUGCAACAUGAGUAACGGCAGUGACGGAGUUGGGGUGCUUCAGCCCCCCUGGAACUUCAAUGGGUCAUCGGUCAACCAAUCAGCUGACCUGUUCGCCAACAUUUCAUGCAACAUGGCCACAAAUGAUUCAACAUCCUGCUCUCCUGUGGAUGAUGGAGAGGGGACAGGAAGUCCAUAUAAAGCUCUGGAAAUGUUUUUUAUUGCCUUGGUUACAGGAUCUCUGAGCUUUGUGACUGUCACAGGAAAUAUUUUAGUCAUGCUGUCCAUCAAAGUAAACCGCCACCUACAAACUGUCAAUAACUAUUUCUUAUUUUCAUUAGCAUGCGCUGACUUGAUCAUUGGUGUUUUCAGCAUGAAUUUGUACACAGUCUACAUAAUUGUUGGCUACUGGCCACUGGGGCCAGUAGUCUGUGACUUGUGGCUAGCUUUAGAUUAUGUUGUCUCAAAUGCCUCAGUGAUGAAUUUAUUGAUCAUUAGCUUUGAUCGCUAUUUCUGCGUGACUAAACCCCUAACAUAUCCAGCAAGAAGGACAACUAAGAUGGCAGGAUUAAUGAUCGCAGCAGCAUGGAUCAUGUCAUUCAUCUUGUGGGCUCCAGCUAUUUUGUUCUGGCAGUUCAUCGUUGGACAGCGAACAGUGCCACCUGGAGAGUGUUAUAUUCAGUUCCUUUCUAACCCUGCAGUCACAUUUGGGACAGCUAUAGCAGCAUUCUAUCUUCCUGUCAUUAUUAUGACAGUCCUUUACAUCCACAUCUCCUUGGCCUCCAGGAGCAGGGUUUCCAAACACAAACCAGAGAAGAAAGAGAAGAAGGGAAUAAAAACUCCCAGUUUGAUUAAGAGUCACCUGUUAAAGCAGAACAAUAACAAUGAAACUAGUCCUCAGGCCAGUCCCCACUCUGCACCCAAACUCAGUCUAGACUCAACUACCACAGCACUGGAAGCUGUAAAGAAUGGCAGAGUGGAAGCACCAAAACCAGUUCAGCCACAGCCUCUAACACAGCCCAGUCCAGGACUCACACAGGAAAAAGAGAGCUCCAACGAUUCGUCCACAGCUUUUAUUCCCCCCACAGAACCAAAGGGCAACACCAACAAGGAGGUGAUAUCUGAGGCUGCAACAAAUCCCAAGCCAGUUUCCACAGCAACAGCCAAUCCUGCUGAACCAAAGAUCAACUCAACUUCGAAGUGGUCCAAGAUAAAGAUUGUAACAAAGCAGACUGGGGACGAAUGCAUCACAGCUAUAGAGAUUGUCCCUCCUGUAGAGGGAGCCGAGAGACAUUCAAUCCCAAUCAGCCGUCCAAGGACUGUGGCAAGAAAAUUUGCAAGCAUUGCUAGAAGCCAAGUGAAGAGGAAAAGACAGAUGGCUGCCAGAGAGAAGAAAGUGACCAAGACUAUCUUUGCCAUCCUGCUGGCUUUCAUCAUCACAUGGACACCAUAUAACGUCAUGGUGUUGAUCUCAACCUUCUGCCAGUCCUGUGUUCCUGACACUGUCUGGGCAAUUGGCUACUGGCUGUGUUAUGUCAACUCUACAAUUAACCCAGCUUGUUAUGCACUUUGCAAUGCAACAUUCAAAAAGACAUUCAAGAACCUGCUGCUGUGCCAGUAUAAAAAUAUAGGUACAAGAUGAAAUGGGAGGAGAAGACUAAGGGUGGGAUGGAUAAGGAAGGGGUAAACUACUGAGGGGACAGAAUAAGGGAGAGAGAAAAUAUUGUAGAAAGGUGAGUGACAGAGGGCUGAAGGAUCUGGAGAAGAAAAAUGGAUAACAGAAUUUAGUAAGAGUUCCUUUUAAAGAACAGAGACACCUGUAGGAGUGUAGGCUUAUUCUGCAAACCAAUGCCAUCCCUAUUGGUACAUAUAAACCUAGAGGAAAAUAUGUAUAAACAAGGGAUUCCUUAACCUGCCCAGCUUCCCCUAAGAUGGAAGACAUUAACAGAGUGGAAACUUUGUUUCACAAAAAAGGGAGAAUGCAGCCAUAAUAUAACAUUGAAUUGAGAAAAGAGGUUAGUAGUAAAUGUAGGAGGAGAAAUAGGAGAAAAAAACAACAGAUGAAUGGGGGUAUGGAUUGAUGAAGUGAUACAUUAGGCUGUACUAAUCACAUCCAUGCAUGAUGCAUGAUAGACAGUAGACUCAAAAGAUGGAUGGAUGGAUUUUAGACCGAAGGGAUGGAUGCAUAGGAGUUGUCAAAGGCUUUACAAGUCAAUGGAUUGAAGCAUUUAGGGUGAUCAAAUUCAUUUUAUAUUAUAUUAUGGUGGUCACAAAUUUAAGAGAAAGGAGAAAAGUGCUUCUAUCUGUUGUCAAGCUAGAUCUGUCCAGGUAUAAUACACCAUUCUGACUGACGAAAAUGUAUUUUCUUAUCUUACUGGUUCUAGAUAAUGCUAAAAUUUACUACAGUACUUUAUUACUACCACUCCUAUCUCCUAAAUAGUGGGUUAGGAAAAUGAUUCUUAACUGGUUGGUACUAUCACAGAAUAUGCACAAACAAAACAAUCAUAAACAAACUACAUGUCAGAUUGUUUAUUUACUAUCCAAGGUCACAAAAAUAAUACUCUAAUACUAUUAGCAAGGUUUUCUUCUACUUAAUGAGCUGUGGCAAGAACAAAUUAUUUGAUUGGUAUAAGUACAGGCACGUGCCCAUCCACCUACUAGCUCAGUCUAGUUAUUCAACCAAUUUGCUCAGGACUACUCUUCAAGUUUUUGUAUGUCUCAAAUGAAAUACUUUUCAGUAGUGAAGUAAAGGUGCAUAUAUUAUAUUCCUCUGGCUUCUCUGCCUCAACUGUUGGUGAUUUACAACAUUUACUAAUGGACAUACAUACAUACCUGUACUCUUUGUUAAUGUUAACAAGCAGUUAGCUACUUUAGCCAUUAAUUCAUCUAUGCUAACUACUAACGGACUGGGAGUUUCAGUCAUUGGCGCUCCUGACCAUCAUAGUUCCUGUACUAAAGAAAAGUUAAAGACCAACACUGUCUCAGCUCUGAGCUCCCAGUCCAGAAUGAGUCAGCUAAUCGGAUAGCUAGAUGGCUAAAUGCUUAACCAGUAACAACAAGUAAAGCCACCUGUCCAUCAGGAGACUGAAGGUGAGCAGCUGGAGGACAUCAGAGAGAAGACCAGAACAUAUUUUCUCCAUA